AUGGCCACUGGCGACAAAUACACAGUUAUACGCACCAAACGCAAAGAGCUGAUAGGAAUCAUUCAAAGAGACCCCGAGAGCGUCUUGGAUGAGUUACUAGCCCAGUCCGUCAUCACAGAGGAGGAGUACGACAGCAUGAACCAGCUACAAGACAAAGUGGCCAGAAUUAGGAAAUUGCUGAUUUACAUACAGAAAAGGGGGGAGUCAUCCUGCCGAGACUUUCUGGAGUGUUUAGAAAUCUUAUUCCCAGGCACAAAUUGGCUUUUGCAACCUUCAGAAUAUGAUUUUUUCAAUCCGGAGCGAGAUUCACGCACUGUGCGAGACCCAGAACCAAGGGAGAGAGAUUUUUUCAAUCCAGAGCACCAUACAGAGGUGAAGGAAGAAGAUGGUUUCAACCCAGAGCAGGAAUCGGAGACUCAGCGAGACCCAGAGCCAGAGGAGAAAGAUGGUUUCAAUCCAGAGCCCGAUCCGCAGCUGGAGGAGGAAGACGGUUCAAAUCCAGAGAAGGAAUCAGACAUUGAGCCAGACCCGGAGACGGGUGGUUCCGAUUUGGAGCAGGAAUCAGAGACUCGGCGAGACCCAGAGCCCGAGGAGGAAGAUGGUUCACAUCCAGAACCCGAUCAAGAGCCCGAGGAGGAAGGUGGCUCAAAUCCAGAGACGGAACCAGACCCUGAGCCAGAAGGUUCAAAUUCAGAGCAGGAAUCAGAUACUCAGUGA